AUGUAUGGCCGGGACCUCUUUUUGCUACGCUGGUAUUCUCUCUGUCUGCUCCGCAGAUCAGCGUGUGUGAGCGGCAGGACACCGGCGCAUUGUAGCCACUGCAAGACUGUCCCGUUCACUAGUCGCCCCAGACCCGUGCUGGAGGAGGGCACGGUCUCUCAGCGUGCGUUUCGCGAGCCUUGUCCUGUGGGCUGCACCUCCACGCUGGCGCUCACUGCUUCCCAACCAGAGCCCGACAGCAAAGACACCUUCAUCAUGUUUCUGCAUGUGGACCUGCAGCCGUGGCAGCUGAAAUGCUCCAACCCUCAGGUCCAGCUGGUGUAUGGUUUGUGGUGUCGAUGGAGUCAGAUCUUCAGUGUGUUUGACCGGAUGCAGAGCAGAGGAGCUCAGAGAGCGUCAGCCGGAUUCCCAGAGUCCUCGGCGCCCCCCGCUGGACCCUCGUCACCCGUCCACAGCAGUGUGGGCACCAUCCCACCGGACACCAGCACCUACAGCCCGUCAGCUGACCUGGGCUCUCCUACAGAGGGGGAUUCGGCGCACACAGAGGAGCCAGCGGCCGGUGAGACCAUGACUCUGGAGCAGAAGACCUGCAGCAUCAGCAGCGCCAGCGGAAAACUGAGCGUCUGGAUGCAGUGGAUGCUGCCUAAACUCACACUCCAGCUGUUCUCCUGCGAGCCCAGGAACAAGGAGCUGUGUGUGAUGGCAGAGAUGGAGGACAUGAGUGCAUCUGUGGACGUUCAGGACGUUUAUACGAAGGUGAAGUGUAAAGUGGGCAGCUUCCACAUAGAUCACUACAGAAGCAGGCCUGCUGAGUGCUGGCUCUAUGACGGAGUGAUUCUGCAGUGCAAGGAGACGCCUGCGACGGCGGCGAAGGCUCUGGAGGUCUCGCACCAGCAGCACGGCUUCCUGUCAGUGACCUACACGCAGGCCGUGACGCGGAACGUACGGCACAAGCUGACGGCGCGUCAGGAGCGUGUGCCGGCGUCUCAGAGGCUGUGUGAGGAUGUGGCGGACGGGUCGCCGCAGUACCUGCACGAGAUCCUGCUCACGGCGCAACCCUUCGACCUGGUGCUGUCCUGCCCCCUGCUGGUGAUGGUGGCACGCGUCUUCAACGUGUACCCGCCGCCACACCUGCGUCCACCGAUCCGAGAGCGCGUGUCUGCCGGGCAGCCCAUGAGAGGACACUCGCUCUCGUCCAGCAGCCUGCCGCUCGUCUACCUCAACACCAGUGUGAUCCGGGUCUUCUGCCCUCUGGAGGACACGCAAAGCAGCACACAUUCACAGCUCAAGCACAGGAAGGAAGAUACGAUUGUGCUGAAGAUUGGAUCGGUGAGCGUCGCUCCUCAGGCUGAUAAUCCACUGCCACGCUCCGUCCUGCGCAAAUACAUCUACCAACGGGCGCUGAAUCUGGGCGUUCUGCGUGACCCGGGGUCAGAGGUCGAGGACCGUCAGUAUCAGAUUGACCUCCAGUGCAUCAAUGUGGGCACGGCUCACUGGGACGACCUGCGGCCGGAGCGCGAGGGCCCGACGAGCGGCUCUCCUGCAGAUGGUGAACGGAGUUCCCAGAAUCCCGCGCUGGAGUGGAACAUGGCCAGCAGCAUCCGCCGGCAGCAGGAGAAGCGAGUGAUCCUGUCUCCGAUCAUCACAGAUUUCUCUGUACGCAUCACAGCAGCUCCAGCUGUAAUUUACCGGAAGCCUCUGUCAGCGGAUCACGGCCCAGCCGAGGAAGUGGUGGUGUGCGGCCACAGUCUGGAGAUGAACGUGACGUCCAGCCUGGAGCUGUUUCUGAGCGCGGCUCAGGUUCAGUUACUGCAGCGGCUCCUGCAGACCAACCUGAGACUGAUGAGUGUGGACCAAACCACAGCAGACGUGUACGGUCAUCAGCCGCAGUCCGCGGUCUCGGGUUCGGUGGAGAGUUUGUGUGGCAGCAGCGCCCCCUGCGGGCAGGACAGCGGGUUCGGAAGCGACAGCGCUCGUGUGCGGAUCGUUCAGAUCGAGCGGCAGAGUGGCACGGGUCAGCACCGCCUCGCCCGGCCGUCGCAGCAGCCCACCAUCACCAAGAACCUCAGCUUCAUCCCAUUCGAUGUGUUCCUCACCGCCGGCCGCAUCUCUCUCAUGACGUACGCGACCGCACCUGCCGCCAAACCCCCCGCCGACGCCCCCCCGCAGCCGGGAAAGAGCGCGCUCGGCGUGCCCGAGGACGAGACGGUUCAGAGCGGGGGUCUGUCCUCGCUGACGGCUGACGAUCUGCUCAACGCAAACGCUGUGGGCGGGUCAUCGGGGGUCCUGGGGGGCCGCUCGUCUGCACGACAGGCUCUGGGCGUGACGGUGGUGAGACAGCCGGGCCGCAGAGGAGACAAGGACUGCAGCCUGCAGCCGAUGCUGUUCCUGCAGGUGACACAGCCGUCCGUCCUAAUCAGCUGCCACCACCGCAAGCAGAGGCUGGAGCUGUCGCUGUUCGACCUCACGCUGAAGGGAGUGGCCACCAACUACACGAGUCUGGAUGCAGGGAAGUCUCUCCCGGAGACACUAGACUACAGCGUGUUUUGGCUGCAGACGGUCGCAGGAGAGGCCGACAGCCGGACCGGCAUCCCCCCCCCACUGCUGUCUGUGGUCAUCAGAGACUUCCUCACUGGACCAGAGUUGAAGGUGGACAUCAGUCGGCCGGUGAGGGUCAGCCCCACUCUGGCUAAAAUUGAGCAGGCGAAGGUCUUCUGGACGAGGCUCUUUCCUGAGCGGGAGGGCGAGGCACAGCCCAGAACACCUGCAGGCUCCGCCCACCACGCCAGCGAAGCCCCGCCCACAGCCGACCUGCUCCUGUGCUCUCUGCAGUCGCCCGUUCCCUUCCACAAGAUCUCGCUACACACAGUGCAGAUGGUGGUCAGUGUGGAGAUGGAGGCGCAUGCGGCGCGGCCCAGUCUGACGCUGUCUGUGUCGGCCAUGACGGGUGCGCUGACGCUGAAGAACGCCAUCAAACCCGGAGAUGGCUUUAAGGAGGUCUGUCUGUCGGUUCAGUGUGAGGACGUGUUGGUGCGGACGGGUCUGAGGGACAGAAGUGCGGUGUUCGUGGGUCCGUUCUCCUGCAGUGCGGAUCUGGAGGCUCAUUGGUGCAGACACAGUGGACGCUCCGCCCCUGACUCACCUGGACCGCCGAGAGUGUUGAUUGAUCUGAAGGGAGGCCUGCUGCAGGUGUUUUGGGGGCAGCAGCAGUUUAACUGUUUGUCUGAGAUUCAAGAGCAGCUGCAGAACUACUGGAAUCAGAUGAGCAGAACGGAGGCGGAGUCUAAUGAGAAGCCCCUCCUCUCUACACCGCCUGCCACCCCUCGCCCCGCCCAAUCAGAACACUCCUCUGAUGACCUGCGCACAGGCCUCUUCCAGUACAUACAGGACUCAGCGUGUCAGAAGCUGCCGUCGCCUCAUGAGGUGGUGUUGGAGAGGAGGCGGACGGACGAGUCUCCAGGUGUGAUGCUGUGGCGGUAUCCUGAACCACGUGUGAUCACGUUCCUCAGGAUCACACCUGUUCCCUUCAACACCACUGACGACCCGGACAUCAGUACAGCCGACCUCGGGGACGUGCUGCAGGUGCCCUGCAGUCUGGAGUUCUGGGACGAGCUGCAGCGGGCGUUUGUGCCGUAUAGAGAGUUCAGCCUAUCAGAGAGCAGCGUGUGUGAGCUGACCCUGCCCACUCUGACCCCCGACACACACCAGACUGACCUGGUGACCUCUGACCUCUGGAGAGUGGUGCUCAACAGCACCAGUGACGGUGGAGAUGAGAGUUCGGACAGUGAAUCAGGUUCUCAGGUGCCUUGUGAGCAGCUGGUGUGUCCCACCGCUCUGGCCGCCUGUACGCGUGUGGACUCGUGUUUCGCACCGUGGUUUGUGCCAUCCGUGGGUGUCUCCAUACGACUGGCGUACCUGGAGCUGCACUUCUGUCACAACCUGGACCAGCUGGGCACAGCGCCGUGCCAGAAGCUCCGCCCCUUCCUCCCAGACAGGAAGUCGCCUCAGGAUCAGGAGUUUGCGGUGGUGUGUGUGCGUGAGCCGUGUGUGUUUGUGCGUCAGUGGAGUGACGUGAUGCAGUGCUGUCAUGAGCUCAGCUUCUCUUCCACGCUGAGCUGCAGACUGCUGGAGUACCGCAACCUGACGUACCGCUCCGUCAUUCAGCCGGUCAGCCUGCGGGGACACGCUACACACACACACACACGCUCACGGCGCACGCUGCACUGCGACACCACGCUCACGCCGCUGCACGCCGCCGCCGGCCAGUACGCCGUUCACACGCUGGACCGAGCGCUGCAGGCCUGGACACAGAACGGUGUGUUAGACGCGGAGGAAGUGGUUUUCAGUCAUUACGUCAUCUGCAACGACACACAGGAAGUUCUACGGUUCGGACAGGUGGACACAGAUGAGAGCAUCCUGCUGCAGAGCAACCAGAGUCACCAGUACAGCUGGAGAACCCACAAAUCCCCACAGCUGCUGCACAUCUGCAUGGAGGGCUGGGGGAACUGGCGCUGGGCCGAACCCUUCAGCGUCGACGACGCAGGGACUUUACUGAGAACCAUCCAACACAGAGGACAGACGGCACACAUCAUCAUCAGAGUCAGACAGCUCACAGGAGUCCAGAAACAAGUGAUCAUCUGUGGCAGGCAGGUGGUGUGUAGUUUCCUGCAUCAGUGUAUUGAGCUGCGUCUGGUGCAGCACUACACGGGUCAGGACGGUCAGGGUGGUCAGGACGGUCAGCCGGAGCUGCGCGAGCGCGUCACCCGUCUGGAGCCGGACAGCAAACUGGCCUCGUUUGUGCUGGAGGACGCGGAGCUGACGGAGCUGUGUGUGCGUGCCUGCGGUGAUGACGCCUGGUCACAGGACGUCUGUCUGGACCACAGCGACAGUCAAAGCAGCUCUGUGGUGCAGGUCCCCUGUUCUAAUGGAUCACUGCUGCAUGUCUGGUGCACACGAAUCCUGCUGGAGCCAAACACACACAUGCAGCAGAGAGUGGUUGUGUUCAGUCCUCUCUUCAUGAUGUGGAGUCACCUGCCGGAUCCGGUUCUGGUUCACGUGGAGAAGAGGAGUCUGGGUCACAGAGACACGCAGCUCAUUCAGGGCCGCGGCCACCAGGAGGCGCUGCUCAAUGUGGAGGAAGAUCUGACACACCACCUCACCUUCCAGGCCAGCGAGGAAGAGGACGCAUCUCAGUGUGCAGUUCCUGUGUCCACUGCUAUUAUCAAACAGAUCCUGAGCAGAGCAGAACAGAACCAGAACCAGAACCAGCAGGAUGUUCUAGAGCACUUCUACGGAGAGAAGACGUCCAGCGGUCCGGCGUGGCCCUACAGCAGCCGACAGACGGACAGGGGUGCGGUGGAGUCGGUGGCGCAGUGGGACAGUCCGAUGCAGGUGCGUCUGAGUGCGUGGCGCACGGGUCUGAACACGCUGCUGGUGGAGCUGCUGCCGUGGGCUCUUCUGGUGAACCGCUCACACUGGGACCUCUGGAUGUUUGAGGCCGAGAGCAUCAUAGUGCAGAUACCAGCCGGGAAAACCAUCGUACCGCCCAACUUUAAGGACGCGUUCCAGAUCGGCAUUUAUUGGCCGCACACUAACACGGUGCACAAGUCUCCUGCCGUGCGAUUGGUCCAUGAGGUGUCAUCGCCGCGGUGGCCGGAGGGGGGCGGGGCAGACGUCCUGCUGCUGGAUGAGGAGGGAUUCAUACAAACGGACAUCACACUCGGAACACAGCCGGGAAAACUCAAGCUUUGUCAGUUUUGUGUGUCAUCUUCAGUCAAAUACGGGAUUCAGGUUUUGCAGAUUGAGGAUAAAACCAUCCUGGUGAACAACACCACAAACACUAUCAAGUGUAGAGCUGUGAUUUCACAACACACAACCACAACUGAGCAGCCUCAUCACGUCCCUGAGUCGUCCAGCUUCACUCUGGGUCCCGCGGGUGCGGCCGGAGAUCAGGUGUGCGGUGCGGUGCCGUGUUGGGACGUCCUGCGGGAUGGUCAGACAGCAGAGGACAUGCAGCUGUUGUCGAAGCAGCUGCUGUUGAGUUUGGAGAGUGCAGAGGCGCAGUGGAGUCCUCCGGCCCUCGUGAGGACAGAUUUCCCCAGACAGCGUUCCUGUGCCGGUGGAGCCGGAUGCCGACUGGCCUUCAACACCAGGCCUCUGGCUCUGACCUGUCAGGAGCAUCUGGGCGUCACGUAUCUGACAGUGAGUGAGGAUCAGUGUCCACGCAUGCUGAUUCACAACCGCAGCCCCAAGAGCCUCUUACUGAAGGAGAACACCAGGGAGUCUGUGAGGUCAGAGGUGUUCAGCCGGACAGUUCCUGCUCUCUCGUCUGUCCAUCAUGAGUUGUUUCAUCAGGCCUCCAGCUUCCCUGAGUGCCGACAGAAAGAGACGCUGCCCACACUGCAGCUGCGCAUCAUCACAGACACGCCCCCCGGCCACUUAGCCACGCCCACCAGCCACACAGACACGCCCCCCUCACCAGGCUGGACUGAGGCUGAUAUCAGUAGUCCUGGAACACAGGUUGUUUUUCUUCCUGGUUUCGGCUGUUUGUACAUCGACGUUCUUCACCAGAGCGGCACCAUCACGCUGACGCUUGCACCAGAGAGCAGCGCGGGAGACAUCGUCACGAGUCACAGGCCGUCUGAUCAGAUGCUGUCCUUCAGGAUUCUGUUGAACGAGGCGAGUGUGGCGCUCUGUGAUGACAUCACCAGCCCAUCCAGUUCUGUGGAGCUGCUGCGUCUCACCGUCUCCAAACUGCUGCUCCAGCUGCCGCCCAACGAACCCUCGGCCGACGGCACCGACGCGCCGCCCGUCCACACCGUCCAGAUCCACUGCGCCGGCCUGCAGGUGGACAACCAGCUGUACGAGCGCGCCAGCUUCCACUUCCCCGUCAUCCUGUGCCAGGAGCCUCAGGGCGAGCCUGACCUCGCGCCGACCCCGCAGCACCUUCAGGAGUUCUGCGACGCCUGCUUCCUGUCCCUGAGGGUCACAUUAUCGUCCUACGGAGGUCUGGACCGCGUCGCCCUCCGCAUCAGACCGGCGCGCGUCUAUCUGGAGGACACCUUCAUCUACUACAUGAAGACGCUCUUCCACACCUACAUCCCAGAAUCCCUGGGUGGGCGGGGCUGCAGCGGAGGGGCGGAGCCUGCGGUCCCGCGGGAGGUGCUGGAGUUCACACACGCUCUGGUGACGCCGGUGCUGCUGCAGAAGCUGUCCAUCGAGCCGGUUCAUCUGCUGGUGAGCAUCCACGCCUCGCUCAAGCUCUACAUCGCCUCCGACCACACGCCGCUGUCCUUCUCUCUGUUCGAGCGCAGCCCCAUCUGCACCACACCGAGACAACUGGUGCACACACUCGCCAUGCACUACGCCGCCGGAGCACUCUUCAGAGCAGGUUGGGUCGUGGGCUCUCUGGAGAUUCUGGGCAGUCCGGCCAGUCUGGUGCGGAGUAUCGGGAACGGCGUGUCAGAUUUCUUCCGCUUGCCAUACGAGGGUUUGACUCGCGGGCCGGGAGCGUUUAUCAGCGGCGUGUCUAGAGGAACAAACUCCUUCAUCAAACACAUCUCUAAAGGUGAAACACACACACACACACACACUCAUGAUGUGUGAAUCACGAAUCUGGCCACAAGUCUGGCGCGGAACAUGGACCGUCUGUCACUGGACGACGAGCAUUACAUGAGACAAGAGGAGUGGAGGAGACAGUUACCUGAGACCCUGGGAGACGGACUGAGACAAGGCCUAUCGAGACUCGGCAUCAGCCUGCUGGGAGCGAUCGCAGGAAUCGUGGAUCAGCCCAUGCAGACGUUCACACGUACGCUGGAGUUGCCGAACUCUGCGAGCAGCGCGGCCCGCGGCGUGAUCUCAGGAGUGGGGAAAGGCAUUGUGGGAGUUUUCACCAAGCCAAUCGGAGGAGCAGCUGAGCUGGUGUCACAGACAGGAUACGGUCUGCUGCACGGCGCGGGUCUCUGGCAGCUUCCUAAACAGCUGCACCUGCCGACGGACACCAGAUCAGCCGACGCCUCCAACAGCCACGUCAAAUACGUCUGGAAGAUGCUGCAGUCUCUGGGCCGUCCGGAGCUGCACAUGGCUCUAGACGUGCGUAUGGUGAGUGGAUCGGGGCAGGAACACGCCGGCUGUCUGCUGCUGAGCGGAGAGGUUCUGUUCGUCGUCAGCGUGUGUGAAGACGCACAGCAGCAGGCCUUUCCCAUCACUGAGAUCCAGUGUCAACACGACACACACACGCCUGGAUGCAUCACACUCACACUGCAGCAGCACCGGAUCGCCAGUGACACUGAGGUGGACGGGCCUCGUGAGCGUCUCUCUGAGCUGCAGUACAGUCGGCUGGUGGAUUUUGUCACCGGAGCGUCUCAGUAAUUUCUCCGUCUCUGUCGUCCCUCCAUCAGCAGCCUUCCGUCACUCCUGCCGAGCCGCAGCCCCACUGUCUCCAAAACAUACCAGUAUCACGCCGACCCGGCCUUUACACGCGUGUUCGUCUGCAAGUUCAACAUGGUGAAAAACAAAGCGCUGCGCAUCGGCUUCCACUGAAAUCCAGACUUAUUUUUCAUGUUCUUGGUUAUUUAAAGAGUAAAACACUUUAUUAACGUCACUACAUCGGCCAGAGCUCGUCUCUGAUUGGCUGCUUCUGUAUGAAUGAGGCGGAUGUGAUGCUUUAAACCAAAAGGCCUUUUGUUUUGUAUUUUUAUAAGCAAUGCAAGAAAGAUGAUUUACUGUUUUUAUUUCAUUUGCUCCUGUAUUCAUGUCUAAUGAAAAAUGAGUGUCACUAUAUAAUGAAUCUGUUUUUUUGUUAAUAAAAUCUAACUGUA